AUGGCUACUGCUAGAGACACGAUCGUCUGCGAUUAUGAAUAUAUGAAUGAUGCACAAACUGAUGAUGAACUCAAAUGUAGCAUAUGUACCGACCCAUUUCAAAAUCCUGUAACUAUUGAAUGCAAACAUACAUUUUGUCAGCAUUGCAUCGAAAAAUGGCUGAAAAGUGAUACCAGAUGUCCAAAAUGUCGUAGAAAAGCAAUUAAUGAUAAAGAUAAACAUAGAACAUCUCCCUGGUCUCCAGUCAAAGCAGAUGCUCUUAUUAAUCAACUCAAUCGACUUCUUAUUAGAUGCACACACUGUCAGCAGAUGAACAUUCAACGUGGCAACUUACUUGAUCAUCAAUCCAAGUGCACUAAGAUAUUGGUGCCAUGUCCAUCUGCACAUAAUCUAUGUCCCUGGACAGGCCCACGUAAUGAACAAGCCAAUCAUGUAGCCACAUGUUCGUUUCAACAGCUUGAACCCAUUCUCACUUUACUUCAAACUCGACUUGACAAAUCUACAGAAAUACAACAACUACUUGUUCAUGAACUCGAAAAACAGUUCUCUCUGAUUUGUUUUCUCUAUGCUUUCAUCAAUAAGGGAAAUUUGAUGAACACGAAGUGUAAACUAAUCAUGGGAUUGGGUUGUUCAUUGAAUGAUGAAAGCGACACUAGCAAGAAAAGGUUUCCAUGUGUUUUAUGUCGAAAACAGGUAUCAAAGGGUAAUGUGUCAUUUCACACAUGUCCAUCCAAUGAUGAUAGUGAUUAUAUAUGUCGCAAGUGUUAUGACAAAUGUUGUCCACUGGAAGACGAUGAAAGUGAUGAUGAUGAUGAAGAAGACAGCGACGACGAUAGUGAAGAAGACGACGAUGAUGAUUAG